GAGAAGGGGGGAGAAGGGUGGGACGGUUCCUGUGUUGUGUUCGACGUCCGUAGCCACCCGUGCAUCACAAUCGGUGAGAGGUGCGUGGGGAAGGACGACCCGAGGGCGUGCAGUGAACAUCGCCGCUGGGGAGACGAAAGCGGCCGGGGUCGUGGUGCUGGCCACCCACCACCACCACCACCUCGCGUGCCGCGCCACUCGCUAACAGCACUUGCCUCAACAGCCUGCUAAGGCUACACGUGUGGGGGGGGGGGGGGGUGGUGGUGUUCGUCUGUGCUGCGUCAACAGCAUCCGCACAGAGGCACGCGCGCUGCUGUCUGUGCGCGCGCGUGCGCGUCGCGUGAACAGCACCGGGCACGCGCGGGAGUCGCGCCCAGCGUUGUUCACGGGCGCGUGUUGGCGUGCAGGGCUGGCGAGGGCCGCCUCCGUGGAGGGAACCCUGUGCCUCUGGAGGCGAGUCGAGCCGGGGGUGAGCCGAGGCCCCGAACCAUUCGUGCCGGCUUGAGACGCACGAGGGUCGAGUUGAUAAGGGGGUCCCGGGCGGCGAGCUGAGCGUACCGGGGACACGUUGGAGGGCGCCGUGCCAUGCUCAGCACGGUGCGCCAGGGCGUCCGCUGGUCCCUGCCGGGCGCAUUCUGCCCAGCGGCUCAGCACAGAGCCCACGGUCACCCGCCGGAGGAGCUCAGAGCCGGCGGCAGGGAUGUCCGGCCGGAGGAGAAGAUGAUGGUGGGAGCUGCGGCAGUAGAGGCUGGUGGUGGUGCCGGUGGUGGAUCGACGGAGGCGGGCAGUAGCAGCAGGAGGCAAGGCGUCAAGAGGCACCGCCACAAGCACAACCUCAAGCACCGCUACGAGCUGGAGGAGACCCUGGGCAGGGGCACGUACGGCAAGGUGAAGAGGGCGGUGGAGAGGGCGACGGGACGCAAGGUUGCCAUCAAGUUCAUCAGCAAAGAGAGGAUCAAGAACGAGAAGGACAUGUGUCAGAUCCGCCGCGAGAUCGAGAUCAUGUCGUCCCUCCACCACCCGCACAUCGUCAGCAUCUUCGAAGUGUUCGAGAACAAGGACAAGAUGGUGAUCGUGAUGGAGCUGGCGAGCCACGGGGAGCUCUUUGACUACCUCAACGCCCACCGGCCGCUCCGCGAGACGGAAGCUCGCCGACUCUUCCGUCAGAUCGUCUCCGCCGUGCAUCACUGCCACAAGAGCGGCGUCGUGCACAGAGACCUGAAGCUGGAGAACAUCCUCCUGGACGAGAGCGGCAACAUCAAGAUUGCCGACUUUGGUUUGUCCAAUCUGUACGCGCACGACCGCUAUCUGAGCACAUUUUGUGGAAGUCCUCUCUACGCAUCGCCCGAAAUCAUCAACGGACGGCCUUACCGGGGCCCCGAGGUGGACAGCUGGGCGCUGGGCGUGCUGCUCUACGCCAUCGUCUACGGGGCCAUGCCCUUCGACGGCCACCAGCCGGGCGCCCUCGUACGGCAGAUCUCAGCGGCGCGCUACCAGCAGCCCACACGGCCCUCUGAGGCGAGUGAGCUCAUCUCGCGCCUGCUGGUCGCGAGCCCCGAGCACCGCGCCUCGUCGCAGGCGGCCGCGCACCACCGCUGGGUGAACUGGGGCUACCGCCGGUGCGCCUGCGGCUGCCUGGGGCCCCCCGGGGGGCCCACGCAAGCGCGGGGCCCCCCGGCGAGGGCGGCAGAGGCGGCCCCCCGGAGAGCGGAGCCGGCUCCUGCUGCUGCUGCUCCUGCUGCUGCUGCUCCCGCUGCCUCUGUUCCGCCUGCGUCUCGUAGGUUCAACGGAGCUCUGCGACAGAAGCUGGAGAUGUUCAACGCUCUCAUCUCGGAGCGCAAGACGUUGGACUUCCCCAAGACGCUGUACAAGUCGCGCAAGCAGCACGACAUGACGUCCCACCAGCACUGCGGGCCGCAUCCCACCGCUACCACCGCCACCGGCAGCGCCACCGCAACCACCACCGCCGCAGCCACCGCCGGCACAUCCGAAAACCCAGCCGGGAUCCUCAAACCCAGCGCUUGUUGCAACAAAAACAGCAACAACAGCGGCACCGCCGCAACCACCACCACAACCACCACGACGACCGGCAGCAGGUUCAGCUUCAUCAAGAAGGCCGGGGCGGCCGAGAGGGUGCGCGCCCUGCGGCAACCUCCGGCGGCCGCAGCCGCGGGGCCCGAGCGGCCGAUGCCGCACAAGAGCAUCCUAAAGCAGUCGGCCCAGCGUGAGUCCGGCUACUACUCGUCGCCCGAGCGCUGGGCGUCGCUCGACGCUCUCCACGGCGGCGACGCCGCGGCGUCGCCGCCGCCGCCGCCGCGGCCGUCGUCGUCGCCGUCCGACGCCGGCCGCGGGCCUCCGCCGCCCCCGUCGGCGUCCGUUCCCGACCUCCCGUCCGCCGUGUCGGACGCCGACGAGGGGGGGCGGCCGUGCCGGCCGAAGGGCAUCCUCAAGAACGGGGGGCGCUUCUCGGCAAGACCCGGCGCGACGGCGCCGGAGGGCGACGUCGCCGGGCGCCGGGCGCCCUUCGCGCGCAGCAGCGAGAGCGUCCUGCUGGACGGAGCGGCUCCGACGGUGCCGCCGGGGGCGCCGAGGUCGCCGGAGGCGCCGGCGCGCGGCCACGGCACCGCGGGCUCCGGGUGCCGCCGGUGGGCCGGCCGGCGGUCGCGCCGGCAGCCCGCGGCGGCGGCGGCGAUGAGAGGGGCGCGGUCCGUGGGGGACCUGUCGGAGAGGGCCGAGGAGGAGGAGGCCCCGGGGUUGGCCCAGAGCCGGUGCUACGGGGCGGCGGGCGUGGCCGACAGCUGCCUCUCGGCGCUGGCGAACCUGGAGGACGUGACGGACGAGUACAAGCGCGCCGUCGGCGGCCCGCGAGGGGACGCGGCCGUGGCGUGA